UGUGCUGUAGUCAUAUUCAAAAUUACACGCUCAUAAUGAACACACACUUUUCAGAUUCCCUUUUUUCACUCAACACUGUGUGAGUCGCACACGAUGGCCACACACUACAUUUUAUACUUCCAGGUAGUUGUUUUGUGGUUGCUUUGUCACACAGCGUCUAAUUCUGAGAUUUCCUGUAGAAAUGAAGCUGGUGAGCCCGUUGAUUGGUUUAUCAUUUACAAACUGCCAAGGCAUAGAAUUGGUGAGGUUGGCAGUGGGGUGGAGUACUUGUACCUGGACUCAUCAGUGGGGAGCUGGCAGAUGAGUAAAUUCCUGGUCAACACCAGCCAAGGAGCCAUAUGGAACACACUGAACCAGCUUUAUGCAGGAAAGACUUAUCAGUCUAACAGCUCAGUCUAUGGACUCUACAAUGAUGGACCACCAGUUCUGGAUUACAUCCAUGGAUAUGGACACACUAAAGGGGUUCUGCUCUUUGACCGCUCUCAAGGUUUCUGGCUGUCGCACAGCAUUCCCCAUUUUCCCUCAUUCCCUGAGAGAGGAUACCUUUACCCCUCCUCUGGCAAAGUCAACGGCCAGACUGCUCUGUGUGUGACCUACCCGUAUAAACAGUUCCUCCGUGUAGCGCAGCAGUUGGUCUACCUUUACCCACGUUUCUAUAACUGCUCUGUUCCCGCUGCGUUCUUGGCUGACCUGCCACAGCUGGCCCAGUUAUGUGAGGGCUCCAAACCACAGCUGGCCUCAAAUAAGAGAGUGGAGCAGCUUUUUUCCGUCCGUGGGGAGAAGUUCGUCAGCUUUGUCAAAUCUGAACACUUUGUGGAUGAUAUCUACACAGGCUGGGUGGCUCAGGCCCUGGGUGCCGAUCUCCUAGUGCAGUCUUGGCAGACACAAGGUGAAGACCUGCCUUCCAACUGCUCGCUGCCCAAACACACCAUGAACAUCAGAAAGGUUAAACUUCCCACAUUGCUCCUGUUCGAGUCCUACCACGAUCACUCAAAGUGGUGCGUGUCUCGGCUCUAUGAGGACCAGGUGACCUGUCUGGGGGAUCUGAACAGAGAGAAGCCGCAGAUGUGGCGUGGUGGAGGGCUGCUCUGCUCCCGCAACCCCUUGAUUUACAAGGCCUUCAGACAGGCGGUGGAUUUUUACAUUGGCUGCUGAACAAUAAGAAAAGACAGAAUGACUGGAGCUGGAUCAGUCUUGGAAUCAGAUGGUCCUGUUCGUGGCUAAAUGUGAUGAUUUAUUGUGUUAUCAGGUAAUAUGCAAGCAUCAGCACACAUAAGGAUCAAAUCAGACGUCAAUAUCAUACAAAACAGCAAGGCGUGUUUGAAUUAUUUGAUAGUUCCUUAACUACCUGGACCCUAGUGAAGUACUUACAAACUCAUCCUGGUAAAUAAAGGAUAAAUUAACUGUAAUCUAAUUUAUGCUUCAGAUUAUCAUUUGGCCAACAUAUGUAUUAUUAUAAUUAGCCGAUUAAACCAUAGACCUCAUUUCUUUUAUUCAACUGAUGUUAAAAUGCAGAUACAAAUACAGACCCCUUAUUUUAGUCCUUUGCACUUCCUUCCAUUGCAGAUGCAAGAUAAAAAUAUUUCACUUAUACAAUAAUUAAAUAUAAUUACAAUAAUUUAGCUUUUACCGUGCACUUAAUAAGCAUUAUUUCAAUUAUGAUUCUUGGUGCUUAGUAGAUUAAAAUGAAAUACUACCAGUUCUGAAUAUAUUCAAGAAGGAGUUGAGAUCUAAAAGUCAGAGAUUAUGUCAAAUGAGAGAGGAACGUUUGUGAAACCUCCAAUCUGUAUUUAAUCUCUUGUGUCACAUUUGACAUGGGCGGAUACUGCCACAGUGGUUUUACCUUGCGCGGAAGUUGAGCUAAUUCUAUGACAGAAAUGUUUGUUGCUCUGGGCGAACAGUGUCACCUAGUGACCUGACAUGACAGUCAUACUGUGUCAUCUUGUUGGAUCAUUAGCUAAGACACCAGACACUCUUUGCUCUUCUGCCACUGGUUGAGGAUUAGCUUUUGAAAAUGUUUAAUCUAUUCUUAAUAUUAAUUCAGACAUAUAUUUGUCUGUCUUGUUUAAAGGUGAUUUCUGAAACAGUACAAACUGCCACCAACUUGAUUCACAUUUGCAAUCCAAAAGUCAAUUUUAUUAUCUAACGAAAACUGACGUUCCUGAUUAAAUCUUAUUUUCAAUAAAUUAAUCACAUUGCGGGACUAAUUAAAGAACUAUCUUAUCUUUUCUUAAAAGAUCAGAUUUGUUGUUUUGACUCAGAACUUCUUGGUUGUUGUCAGGGCUUACACCAAUUUCAAUACCCAUACUUGAAUUUGUUGUAAUGCCAAGGACAUGACAGAUGAUGGUGUACUGAUACAGAUAGUGCCAAACCAGGUUUCACUUUCACAAUGAGUGCUCUGCCUUAGAAACGUUUGUCCUAAUGUUUGUCAGUAUUCAACACAAACUAGUCAAACUGGAUGAUGCUAGGAAUCAAGGCUCAUAACCCUUUUCAGCGCCACUAGGUCAUAACAGGCAUAUCAGCAUUCUUUUGUCAGGAAAAAAAAAAGAAUAGAUGAAUAGAUGAAUAAUAAGACAUCUGAUGACGAUAAUGAGCAACAAGGAAGCAGCUGAUAGGGAUGUGGAUGUUUCAUGUUACAGAAUACUAUAUAUGACAGAGCAGCAUUGUGUGACAGGUCGACACUUAACAGAGAAAGGAAAUGGAUACUGUGAGUAAAAUGUUACCAGUAUACUAGAAAUAAGAUGAUAACAUAACUACUGUUUAAGAACAGGGCUUUGCAUUAAAACUGCUUAAACACAAUAUUCUUAAUGUAGUAAGAAAUUAGUAGUAAGUAAUUUCUAUAAAAUAACAAAAUCUAAUCAGUUUUUAAUUAAACAGGGCAUAAUUUCUAUAAUACUCAGUAACACUUAAGUGUCUGUACCAAGUACUAGAAAGAGUGGAAACAGGAUCUCUUCCUGAAACUACAAAGUGCUUUUUUGUCAAAACCAAACCAAGAAACGACUGCAAGCGAUAGAUCAGCGACACAAAAUGAAUGACUAAAUGGAGUGAGACCCAAAGUGUAGGCAGCCUGUUUCUGCCUUAGCUUUAUACAAUAAGUAUUUGGUGUCACAGAAUAAAAAGCACAGCUCCAUGUCCAUUGGUUUCCACUGGUUCUGUGCAGGUGUUGUUUGUUUAAGGCUCGUUUACACCAAAGAUUUCAACGCCUCGUCUGCAACAGUUUAAACCGUGUUUAAGUUCACACCGGUGCGACUACACAAUUCGAUGCGUCCUUUCAUUUCCGCGACAUCAAACCCUGAUGGUGCCUUUAGUGGAAGGGGAUGUCGGGUUAUCGUUGUGUCCGCCUGCCCAAGACAAAAGCCUCUUCGCAGGUAUUCAUUCGCAGGAAAUCUGUGGUGGAAAUGAAGAGCUCGUUGUUCUUGGAAACUUUAGAAAGACUCGCAACUGCCGUGGUUACAAAUGUGAAAGCCUGUUCUCUGACUUCCCGUGAAAGCAACCUGGCGUUUAGUAGCGGCGAUGACACAUAACCCGAGCACGUUCAGAUGAGAUAGAAAAUACAAAACAUAGUGUUAAACUUUAGAAAUGACAAAGUUGACUAUAUUUCUGAAUAUAGGUAAGACGGUGCUCGUCAAAAUCACCUAGGGCAGAAUUAAAGGAAUUUAGCUUGUUUCCUUCAAAAGUUCAGAUAGUUUUGGUGAUUGACUGCUAUUGAUAGCGACUAAAGCUUCAAUUUUUAUUAACAGUCCUUUUUGCUCCAUGAAACUAAAUGAUAACGAAGUAUUUUGGCAUUCAAUGAAAUGUUUUCUUACGUAUAAUGUAGUAUCCUAUUGUAUUUACUGCAUUUAUUUAAUUAAUAUUAUGACUAUUUUAUUUUUACGCAUAUUUUUCUUUUACUAGUGGUCUUCAAGAGUGUUUUUUAUGUGCAACCGACCCCCUGUGAAGCAAUUUCCCUUGUGAAUGAAUAAAGUCUUUCCGAGUCUAA